GCAGCGCCAGCCGUGCCGGGAAGGAGGAAAGCCGGCGGGCGAGGCCGAGAGAGCCCGGGUGGGUCGGUGGGUGCGCGGCUGCCAUGGCGAGCCCGACCCGCAGCCCCAGCCCCGGCUGCAGCAGCAGCAGCGCUGCCGUCCCCUCCUCGCCCGGGGCGCCGUCGGAGCCGGAGGCAUCGUCGGAGGCGCUGCUGUCCCGGGUGCCGCUGGUGGCGCUGAACUUCGCGGUGCGGCGCCGGCUGGCGCUCUUCCUGAACCCGCGGGCGGCGGUGGCGGCGGACUGGGCGUCGCUGGCCGAGGAGCUGGGCUACGACUACCUGGAGAUCAAGCACUUCGAGGGCCUCGCCGACCCCACCGGGCGCCUCCUCGAGGACUGGCAGGCCCGAUGCCCGGAGGGGGCCACCGUCGGCCGCCUGGUCGGGCUCCUCCGCGCCCUCGAGCGCCACGACGUCCUCCAAGACCUCGCGCCCCGCAUCGAAGAGAAUUGCAAAAAGUACCUGCAGAAGAAACAGCAAGAGCUAGCGGAUCGGCCUUUGCAGGUCCCUGCCGUGGACAGCAGCGUUCCCAGGAGCCAUGAAAUGCAGGGCAUCACCACGCGGGAUGAUCCGUUGGGGCAAAGCCCCGAGAUGUUUGAUGCUUUCAUCUGCUACUGCCAGAAUGACAUCCACUUUGUGCAAGAGAUGAUCCAGGAGCUGGAGCAAACCGAACACAAACUGAAACUGUGUGUGUUUGACCGGGACGUUCUGCCGGGAACGUGCGUGUGGUCCAUCACCAGUGAACUUAUAGAGAAGAGGUGUCGGAAGAUGGUGGUUGUCAUCUCAGAUGAUUACCUCAAUAGUGAAGAGUGUGAUUUCCAAACGAAGUUUGCCCUGAGCCUCUCCCCAGGAGCUCGUCUGAAGCGCCUCAUCCCCGUGAAGUGCAAAAGCAUGAAAAAAGAGUUCCCCAGCAUCUUGCGCUUCAUCACGGUUUGCGACUACACCAACCCCACCACCAAAAAAUGGUUCUGGACGCGAUUGGCCAAGUCCCUCUUGCUCCCGUGACGCCGGGCGCAACCCAGCUGCCGAUGGGGGGAUGGCCCUCGUGGCUUGACCGGACAUUGCCUUCAAGAAGCUGAGGGCUUAAGUCUCUCCUCGCCUUCGCUGGGAAGGCGAGCGGCUGGUGAUAAACGCGGCGUGGCAAAGCCUGUGGUAAAAACUCCGCUUCUCAAAUCGUGGACAAGGUUUUUUUUUAAAAAAAGGUCAAGAAGGUAGUGGUAGGCGCAAGUUUUCAUGACGGUUCCCUUAUUUGUUGGGAAAGGAGACUGGUUUGAGCAGCGUUGACAUGUGAAAACGUGGGUCACCCUUGAAUACGUGUUGAAAUUUUGCAGGAUGUGGGACCAUUCUUUUUUUCCUGGUGCAAACAGACAGUGGCCCUGCUUCUGAUGAAGGGAAAGGCCCAGCGGUUUUAAAGCAAACUUAUGGGCUCAUCAGUCUAGCAGGCUCUGUGUUUUAUGACCGCCAAUUCAAAGGUAGUGUCGGGACCGUCCUUGAUAUGUCCAGAAAACUGGUUUGUUCAUCUCUCAUUCUUAACCGAUGUGAGGCAAGAAGGCGUAAGCUUUGCUUCUUUAAAAAGAGUAUAAAUGGCCAGUACUUGGACGAAGAAGUAAAAAAUAGCCGCCUGUUUUCCCUGCUGCAUUCUGUAGCCCAAAACAGCUGAGCUUUUAAAGCAGGCUGAGAUUUCGUGUCCUCUCCACUUGGAUUUUAUCUCUAUUUUUCCUGCCUCAAGGGUUUGGCUUGUGGGGGGGGGGAGGUUUAACUGCUGCAA